CCUCCGUUCGCACAGAUAGUACCUCGCUCGCCGCACGUUGAGCGAACCAUCGCGCUCCGUUCCAAUAUUUAACGCGUUACUUAGUCGACACUGGAUACGAUAGUGUAAACAUGAAGUGACAGACUCUCUCUUAAGUGAUGCUCUCAUAGACUCUAAAUCACAAGAUGACAGCAAACCUUCGAGCAGUAUUGGCGGAUAUGAUAUAUGAGAAAUAUUCAUAGAUUCGAGUGUAAUUGAUAAAGAAAGCACAAUGGAGGGUGUGAGGGUUACCCAUCAAGGCUUGAAGGCGCACACGCCUGAAGGCUCGGCUGGUCGUAUCACCCAGGCCGGCCUUGCAGCUCGAAGUCCUGAAGGCACUGCCGCCAAGGCCAUGGCUAUCAAGGGCCAUGAAGAUCUGUGGGUGGAAAUCCAGGCGAAUACCUUUAGAAACUGGAUUAAUGAAACUCUUAAACCCAUGAACAUAAAGGUAAUCGACUUAGUAGAGGAUUUACGAGAUGGAACAAUUCUUUGUUCGUUAGUGGAAGCUUUACAGGGACGUAAGUUAAAAGGUUGGAGCCGAAAGCCUAGUAACCAACACCACAAGUUGGAAAACGUUACCACCGCCUUGCAAGCCAUUGAAGACGACGGAGUUAAAUUAGUUAAUAUAGGUAAUGUGGACAUAGUUAAUGGAAAUCUUAAAUUAAUAUUAGGAUUAAUUUGGUCACUCAUCGUCCGAUAUCAAAUUGGAAGAAGUAAAUUCCCACCCAGAAAGUUGAUGCUAUCUUGGCUGCAAUCGACCCUGCCAGAGUGUCGAGUCAGCAAUCUUACGACUGACUGGAAUAGUGGUGUGCUUCUAUCGGCUCUUCUAGACUACUGCAAGCCUGGCACAUUCCCGCAAUGGAGAGAACUAAAUCGUCACGAGGCUGUAGAAAAUUGUAGAAGGGCAAUGAAAUUGGCGCAUCGUGAAUUACAAGUGCCCAUGGUUCUGGAGCCAGAAUAUUUGGCCUCGCCAUGGCUGGAUGAACUGUCCGGCAUGACGUAUCUGUCUUACUUCAUGAAGCCGGACGCUGCUGGAGUGAAAGCUACGUUGGACUGGGUCAACUCACGUCUAGAGAGACCUAUUUCUAAUUUCACGACUGACUGGAACGACGGUCGAGUAGCAAAUGAACUGGUAAGGUCAAUGGGGGGACCAGCUCCACCACCUAGCCGACUGAGAAGGGAUCCCGCACGAUGGGAAGAAAACAAUCAACAAGCAAUUGACGCAGCCAAAAAACUAGGAGUCCAGCCAGUAUUAUCAGCCAAGGACAUGAGCUCUAGUGACGUAGAACACUUAGGGGUAAUGGCAUGGGCUACCCAGUUCCGAAACAUACCGCCGCGUCCGCCCGUACACGACAUGUUGCGAGUCGCACUCGAUUCCACUUCGGGGAGGGUAGGAGAGCCUACAUAUAUUAAAGUGGAAAGCAUAUCGAGGGAUCUUUCAAUAUCUGAAGUGAAAGUAUACAUAGUGAAUCCAUUAGAGCAGGAAUCGAGGCUCAAGCUGGAUUCGAGAGGUUCCGGGGAAUUUGUACCGGAACACGCUGGUAUGCACGAAAUUGUUCUCGUCGUCGACGAUAUCAGGGUGGAUGGCAGAUACUUUUUCCGAGUGUUGCCAAGACUGGUGUCGGUACCUCCACCUGGCAUGGCGCCUUGUGCAGCUGGUAGUCUUGUAGAAGUAUUAGUUAGUGCAACAGGUGCACCACGCCGCGAAGACAUAGACGUGACAGCACACUCUCCAAGCGGUCGAGCGGUACCGCUAGAGGCGCGGCACCCGCCACCCUCAGCACCCGGCACUACCGCGUCCAGCGCUACCUUCCAACCUGACGAAGCUGGCACUUGGACUAUCGCGAUCACGUACAAGGGUGAACAUAUACAGGGUGGUCCGUUCACGUGCGAAGUUUUCGAGCCAGCAGGCGUGCGGCUCAGCCCGGGCGCGCUCGAAGGGGCCGAGCCACUCAAACCGCACUCCUUCGAGUUGGACACCAGCGGCUGCGGCGUCAAGGGCGACUUGCAGCUAGACAUCGUUCAUGAUAAACGAAGCGUAAUGUGUGCUCUAGAGAAGUUGUCGCCAACGAAAUAUCGAGCGACAUUCAUGCCAAAGGCACCGGGAAAGCAUCGGUUGUACAUAUAUUUCAACGGUUAUGAUGUUCACGGAUCGCCGCAUGUGUUUAGAGUAGGGUCACGCUCUAAAAAGCCCAGAGACAGCGCGAGCCCAUCGCCUGCGUAUGCCAGAAUGUCAAGUCCAGUCACCCGCUUAAGAUCUGAAAGUCCUCACAAUCCAUACAAUUUAUACGAUUCGAAUGCUACGAAAUAUAACACGAGCUCAAUAGAUCGACGGGAAGAGCGUCGAGAUUCGAGCGAUUAUUAUAAACAUGGAUCAGAUGUCAAAGAAAAAUCUUUCGAUGUUACCGAUUCGUAUACGUCUAGGGUGAAUAAAAAAGAAACGUAUAAAUACGAACCUGAAAGUCCACGUAAUAGAACAGCUAGUCCGAUAACAUCGAAAUAUUUGGGAAAUGGCUCGAGAUUGGACAUUAACAGGUCAAAUAGUCCGUACAGAGCUAGCAGCCCAUACAGAGCGACAAGUCCAGUCGGCCGGACAAGCCCGCUAACCAGGAAAGACAGUCCUUUGAAUAGGACGGCUAGUCCAAUUAACCGCGUUAAUAGUCCGACGGAACGCUACAGUCCCGUUACAACUACGAAACGUGUAGUAGAAAAACGAUCCAAUUACAAAAUGUACAGUUCAUACAGUGGCUCUCAAGAUAAUCUUGAUCAGAGCAGUCCAUUAUCAUCAUUGGAAAAUGAACGUGCCAGGAGAUAUGGAAGUCCAGGGAUAGGAGAAGGUGGGGAUCCGGGAGGGAGAGCACCCAGCACAAGAAAAGAUUCAUGGGAUUCAGUUGAGAAAACAAGGCAAAUGCUCAGUAAUAAUAGCUUGGAGCCAAGCAAUACAGAGCGGUACGGAGCGAGCACACUAGAGCGGGAGACGCAGCGCAACACGCAGCUCAACAAGCAGCUCAACAAGUUUAGCGAUUUAUCGCGCGACUCGUUCAACCGCCAGCUUGACCGGUUGGCCGAUGAUCACGAAUCCGACACUUACACCAGCCGUCAAGAGUUCAAGCGAGAAGUACACGAGAGCUCGUACGUCGUCCGCGACUCCUCAUACAGCAGCGUGGAGGAGAAGCGCCAACAGCAUCAGUCUUUUUUAUCCAAUAGGCCCCCCCGCGACCCGACCGGGGGGGCCCCUACUGAGACGGACGCAGCUCAUGCCCGUUUCAGACCCAUUCAAAGGGAUAACAAUAGAGGUGCCAAAGGAAUAGUAAUAAAACCAACUUACAAAGGAGUUGUAGGGCAACCUGUUGAGUUUAUAGUGGAUGCCAGCACAGCAGGUCCUGGACAGCUGGAGCUAGAAGUGUCCGGCGGUAACGGAGCGCUGGUAGCCAGCUCGGUGCGGUCGCUCGGCGCACACAGAUACAUCGCCGCGUUCACCCCUCGGGUGUUACGCCCGCAUUCUGUGCGGGUCACUUUUAACAAUGAACACGUACCAGGAUCUCCGUGGCAAGUCGAGGUUAUGGCAGGGCCGGCGGGCGGCGGCGGAGGGGAGCCGACCAGGCUGAUCCCCGCACGGGUGCCUGCCGUCUUUGAGAUUUCCACAUCACCUGGCGCAUCCAGUUUUAGCAAAAACGAGGUUGGUAUGACCGUCACAGCCCCAUCACGAAGACAGGUUACAGCAAGAGUGUUAGAUGUGGCAGAGAGACCUGGCGUCUACCGUAUCGAAUUCACACCUGAAGAAGUUGGCACACAUCUCAUUGAUGUGUCAAUUGGAGAAGAAAAAUUAGCCGCUGGACCGCUCGUCGCAAAAGUAUAUGACGCAAGUCUCAUCAAAGUGACUGACGUGGGUAAUGCUAUAGUUGGACAACAAAGCCAAUUUAGAGUGGAUGCGAGCGCUGCUGGUGAAGGACAAUUAGAAAUUUCAAUCAACGAGGGCGAAGUUCCUAAUCAUGUACAGGUUGUGGGCGGUGGACGUUGCCUUGUUUUUUGGAGGCCUGAAACCCCAACGCCACACCGUGUUGACAUAAAGUUUAAUGGAGAACCAGUGCCUUCGUCGCCUUUUGUUUUUCACGUAGCACCUGCGCAAAGAGUCUCUAUUGAUACGUCACAAAUAGAGCUGAUACCGGUUGGCGAGUUAGUAUCAUGCUCAGUUCGCGUGGAAGGAUCUGGCGGUGGUGAACUAACAGUUACCGUGCGAGGACCACGAGGGGAGGUGCCAGUUCGUCUUACUGGAGAUGUAGUGUCUGGGCUAGUAGCUAGCUUCACAGCUAAAAAUGUUGGACCACACACACUCACGGCUCAUUAUAACAGUCAGCCUGUACCGGGGACACCAUUCAUAUGUAAAGCAUAUGACAGUAAACUAGUAAGUGUUACGGGGGGAUCUUUGGCUCAAGUAGGAGUACCAGUACAACUUGCAGUGGACGCAGCACAGGCAGGAGAAGGGAAUCUGGAAAUCACAGUAGCAGCGAGAGGACUGAAUAUUCCUACUCAAGUACAUCCACAGGGCAAUGCAAGGUUCACAGUAUCAUUUACACCAACUGAAGCCUGUGAACAUGUUGUCAAUGUAUCAUUUAACAAAAUGAGAGUGCCAGGUUGUCCUCUAGUCAUAGAUGUAUCGGAGGGUGGUGUGAGCGGAGCAAGAGUGACCUUGCCGGGUCCUGUACCACUACACCAACCAACUUUCCUCACGCUACAUCACUCUACCGCUACGUUGGAACAAAUUGAAGUUAAUGUUGAGGGUCCGAACGGCGCGUCGGUCCCGGCCGCGGUGUCGGCGGCGGGCGCGGGCACGUUCCGCGCGGAGUUCGUGCCGCGGGCGGUGGGGGAGCACCGCUUGAACGUGCUGGUCGACUCGCAGCCUAUACCCGCUAGCCCGUUCCAUUUGAAGGUGUACGAUGUGACGGCUAUAAGAGUUAAAGAUGUUGCUCAUGGAACAGUUGGAAAGCCCGUUACGUUUUUGGUGGAAACUAUGGCCGCUGGGCCGGGUAACCUCGAAGUGACAGUGAACGGUGGCCGCGUGCCCACCGCAGCCGCGGCGCAGGGCGCGCACACGUACGCGAUCAGCUUCACGCCGAGGGACCCGCGACCGCAUACCGUGGAGCUGAGGUUUAAUGGGGAUCAUGUGCCGGGAAGUCCAUUCGUCUGCCAUGUAUCAGCACCAGCGCGUGUAAUAGGUGCAGGUUCAGGGGAAUCCCCAGAUAAAGUGUCAGUGGGCGACGCGUAUACCUUCAGUGUAGACUCGCCGACAUCACCGCAUGUUGAAGUGCUGGGUCCAGCUAGACGACCAGUACCAGUACAGGUAUCUGCCGAUGAAACGGUGGGCGAAAACGAAGCAAGCAAACGGUAUACAAUAUCGUUUAUUCCAGUUGACGUAGGGGACCAUAGUAUAGAGGUUCGCGCAGGAGCCAUGGGUGGUCACGUUGAAGGCAGUCCAUUCUUGGUGAAAGCGUACAGCGCAGCUAGAGUAUCCGUUACAGAUAUAUCGCCUGGCGUAGUCGGUCGACCUGUUUCCUUCACGAUAAACGCAUCUCAUGCUGGGGCUGGGAAUCUGGAAAUCAUCGUAGCCGUAAAUGGCAGGAAUGUGCCCAAUUACGUUCAGAGUGAAGGAAACGCUCGAUUCAAAGUCAACUUCAAACCAACGGAAGCAGCUCCUCAUACAUUAUCAGUCCGUUUCAAUGGACACGCAGUACCCGGUUCACCCUUUACUUGCAUGGUAUCAGCCCCAGCAGCCGCCCCUGAUGCUAGAGCCACUGGACCAGGAUUAUCUUCUGCGGCCAGAGGAGAAUCUGCGGAAAUAAACCUCACUGGAUUCCAUUCAUGCGAGCCCACAAUAUCCGUGACCGGUCCGGGCGGUACCAGUGUGCGUACGAGCACGCGGGCGCUAGGCGAGGGUCGCUACACGUGCACGUACACGCCCGACGCGGUGGGCCGGCACAGCGUGCACGUGCAGUGCGCGGGCCGGCACGUGCCCGGCUCGCCGUUUGUGUGCAACGUGUAUGAUGUGAGAUGCGUGCGUGUUACUGGACUGGGUGCGGGAGAAUUAGAAGGCACGCUCGAAGGUUUGAAUCUAGAUGAGAGCGCAGACGAAGAACGCGGAGUGGAAGUGGGGAAGCCGGUCACUUUCAGUGUUGAUGCGGCUGGCGCGGGUGAAGGAACACUUGAACUAGUAGUUUCUACACCGUCUACCACUGUUAAAGCUGAGGUAGUAGCAGUAGCCCGCGGUUUAUAUGACGUCACAUUUAUACCCGUGUCGCGGGAAGCUCAUCGCGUUUCAGUCACAUUCAACGAACAGCCCGUGCCUGGGAGCCCGUUUGUGUGCAGAGUUAAUGAACCUCAUACUUAUGUGCAAAUUGGAACGACAGCAACAAUCGAAAUUGACGAGAACCUAUCGGACGUGGAAGUGCUAUCACCCACUGGUACAAGAGUAUCAGAUGCGAACUUGGAAGAUAUGGGUCUAUUAAUCUUCCCAGUGACCAGAGUGGGCAGAUAUGUGGUUCGUAGUGCGAGAGGACCCGUGGCUGAGGUGGAGGCUCUAGAUCCGUCUGCUGUUAAAGUACUAUCUAUUGGGGAAGCGGUUGCACAUAGACCUGCAAUAGUUACAGUUAGCACAAGCGGCGCUGGCGGGGGUCGUCUCUCAGCGCGAGUAUCAAGCGGCGGACGCACAGUACCACACUCAGUUCGUCGGCGGGGUGGUUCUCGUACGGACCUUGUAUGGCAUCCCGCUAGAGCUGCUCCUCAUCGUAUUGCACUACUGUGGAGCGGCACUCCGGUGGCACGGGAACCGUUAGUUGUAGAUGUGCUACCGGCGCAUCAUGGACAAGAGGUAUCAGCAUCAGGCCUUGGCCUGUACCAAGCACAAGUAAGCCGCGUAUCGUCCUUCAGUAUCGACACGCUCGGUCGAGCGGCACGUGAGUUCGAUGUCGUGGUAUCGGGGCCUGGAGCUAGAGCACUGCCAGUGCGCUGCUAUCAGACCAAGUCGGGGCUGUUGCAAGCCGAGUUCACUAUCACUGAUGUAGGACAGAGUACUAUUGAGGUACUUCAUCUUUCCAAACCGAUAACUGGCAGCCCGUACACUUGUGAAUCAUUCGAUCCGAACAAAGUAAUACUCUCUGGUCUUCCAACUGGAAAUCUUAUCGCUCACACUCCUAUCAACUUUACGGUGGACACAAAAGACGCCGGUGUAGGUGAAUUAGAUGUACUCUGUGAAGCGAUGGGCGAACGGCGUGUACGCUUACCCGUUGAUAUUCGAGAGGACGGACACUUGUACAAAGUGCGCUUGCGACCCACCAUGCCCGCACAUUACCGGAUUUAUGUUACUUACGGAGGUGCCAGCAUUCCUGGUAGCCCCAUUUCUCUGGGUGUACUAAGCGCACGGGCUAGUAUAGCUGCGCGGUGUGCGGGCACAGGACUUGCGCAUGCGCACGUCGGCAAAGAGGCCGCUUUCACUAUACACUGUGUGGAUAACACGCCGCCCACUGUGCAGGUGGAAAGAUUAAACGAUGGCAAAGAAGAGGAUUCUGAUAACGGUCUACUGGAAUGUCGUGUAGUAGCGGGUGCACCGAAAGAAUGGUUGUGUGCCUACAUACCGCUAGUAGUGGGACAAUAUGAAGUGAGGAUAUUCGUGCCGUCUGGACCUUUGCCUGGAAGCCCGUUUUCAGUUAAAGUAAUAGACACAUCAGCCAUAGUAGCAGUAGGUGGUUGGGGUACGGACAAUUCGGGGCGAGUUCGAGCACCUUCAAAACUCGUGUUGGAUACAAGUAAUGCGGGACCCGGGACAUUGGAAUGUUUACUCGCUGGAAGGCAUCAACGUGUAGAAACAGUAUCAGGUCGGGCGGUAGUAACGCUAGCGGCCCCAGAGGGCGUGAGCGGCGAACAGGAACUAGAGCUCACUUACAACGGGGCCCUCGUCGCCGGGGCCCCGCGGAGGGCCCUCGUGGCCUCUGGGAAUACUGCUGAUCGAGUGACGUUGGCUGGCAGGGGCCUGGCGCAUGCCGCACCGCAUACACCGGCCGUUUUUACUGUUGAUGGUAGCGCAGCAGGUCCAGGUGCUCCAGAAGCAUCAUUAUCAUCGCCAGACGGUGAAACAAUACCCGUAGCACUUACAGCUGCUGGACCUGGACUGUGGCGGGCUACUUACACACCUCGGCGGGCGGGAGACCAUCAUUUGCGGGUUCUGUGGGCUGGACGACUUGUUAAAGGUUGCCCGCUCACAGUGAAAGUGAGUGCGGGCUCAGAAAGCGGUGACGCAUCCAAAGUAGUGUGCUCCGGGGCGGGGCUCGCGGGCGGCGUGGUGGGGAGGGACAUACGCUCCUGGAUAGACACGCGUAGAGCUGGCCCUGGGGAACUCACUGCGCAUUGUACUGGCCCUAAUAAGGUUGCAUACUGUGAACUAUACGAGCACGGUGACGGCACGUUCACACUGAACGUGAAGCCGGCUGAAGCGGGCCGGCACGUGCUGAGCGUACAGUUUGCGGGCGAACACGUGCCUGGAUCACCGUUUAUACUCAAAGUGGCUGGUGCUCCGGAUCCUACCAAGGUCCGAGUAUACGGGCCGGGUAUAGAGGCGGGUGUGCUAGCGACAUUCCAGUCACGAUUCGUGUGUGACACACGGGGAGCUGGCGCUGGCCAACUAACUGUACGAGUUAGAGGACCAAAAGGCGCUUUCCGAGUGGAAAUGCAGAGGGAAAGCCAGAAGGAUAGGACUAUAUUGUGCAAGUUCUCGCCCACCGAGCCAGGCGAUUACCGCGUGGAGGUGCGAUGGGCCGGGCGCCAUGUUCCCGGCUCGCCGUUCCCGGUCAUGAUAUUCGAUACGCAGGAAGAACUCCGCCGUUAUUUACAAGCCACUGCUGCUUGAUACUUUUAUUGUUUAAUUUUAUCCAUGCUUUGUAUUAAAAUGCCUAAUUCCGAUGUUAUAAAGUGACCUUGUUUAAUAGUUCAUUGAUCAAGAUUGGAAAUUGUUUUAUAAAGAUACUCUACUCUGUUUAUUACUAAUGAUUUAUAAUGGUUUUAUGAUAAUUAUUUUUUAUCAUGAUUGUAAUUUUGAAGAUGUAAUAAAAUAAUAAUAAUGUUAUGAAUGCAAUUAGAAAAAUGCAAUAAAUUGUAUUAGAGAAUUAGGUUUGUGUUGAAUCGAAAAUAAUAAGUAGUUGUGAGUAAUUUCAUGAAACAGCCAAUAUGCCAUAUUUUUAUGUUAUUAUAAAAUGAAGCACUGAAUGGAUAUAAAUCUUAUUCGAAUCGCCAUUACAUUCCAAGUAAUAUUUAGUAAAAUAUAAAAUAUAUUAUAUAGCGUAUGAUAAUCUCUUUGUAUCCGUCCAUCGUAACAUAGGUGAUGUUGUUAGGAUAAAUAUAAAAUGAGCUUACUUCUAAAAGUACAUUAAACUAGAAGGCAUAAUAAAAUUCUUUAUUUGUUAAUAUUUAUUAAUACAGAAUAUAGGUUUAACUUCAUAACUAACUUCUGUAAUUGUUUUUUGUUAUUGUUACCUGCUUGUUGAGUUAUAAGGAAUGGACUGCACUAUCAAUUGAUUUAAAUUAACGAGUCUCAUGUAUGUCCGAGCUUUAUAUCUUUAUAAGUAUGUAAUUUUUCCGCGGUUACUAAUAAUUGUUAAUAAAUUGAAAAUUUAUUA